AUGGAGCUGGCUGGCAGGUGCAGGUUCCAGGAGGCUGUAUCUCUUUCUGCAGGUGACGAAUCCAUCAGCACUCUGGGCCUGAUUCUUGGCGUCGGGCUGUCGCUGCUGCUUGUGUCCAUCCUGGGCUACAGUCUAGCCAAGUGGUACCAGCAAGGCUACUGCUGGGAGGGGCCAAAUUUUGUCUUCAACUUGUAUCAAAUCCGGAACCUGAAGGAUCUGGAGGUGGGGCCGCCCUUCACCAUCAGCGGCCACAUCAGCAGUCCCGAUGGUGGCUACCUGAAGUUCGCCAAUGGACUAGUCUGA